AUGAUCAACAAAAUAGCUGUUAUUGGAGGUGGUCCUGGUGGAUUGAGCGCUUGUUAUGAGUUACAAAAAAAAGGGUUCACCAAUAUUGUUGCGUUUGAGGGGAAAUCUAAGUUAGGUGGUGUUUGGAGUGACAAUCCAGGUGAAUUUGACACAAAUAAAAAGUAUAUCGACGCAUUUAGCGAGUUGAAAAAUUUAAAUCUCAAAGAGUUCCCACAAGUCGAUACAGACCAUCUAUUUCAUUGGAAUUCUCCAUUAAUUACUGGUGAGCUAACAGAAAGAUUGGAUAAGGAAAAUAAUGGUAACGAAUACACCAUCGAUGAUCCCUUGAUUAUUGAUAAAAGGGAUAGAAGUUGCCAAGAAAGUCUUUUUUAUAACAAUAAAACUGGUAUUUACAAAGGGUUUUACAGUAAUGUUUCAAGAGAAUUAAUGAGGUUUACAACUGAUGUUAAUCCUCAAAGUUUUUAUAAAGGGGAUAUUAUCGAUAACAAAGACAUCAACCCAUUGAUUUAUUUAAAAGAAAUUCAGCAAAAUAUAGAAACAUUUAUAGAAAAGGAUGAUCUCAAGAAAUAUUACAGGUUCAAUUCUAGUGUAGAAAUGAUUCAGCCUAACAAUUCACAUCAGUGGAAACUUUACAUAAGAGAACUCUCCUCCGACGAAAAUGCCACUGUCGAAAAAUGGUAUACAGAGACUUUUGAUGCCGUAGUAAUUGCCAAUGGUUGGUGCCAAUUACCCUACAUUCCCUUUUACAUGUCUGGCGACUGGCAUGAAAUUCAUGAAUACAACAAAAAGUUUCCAGGGAAAAUGUUUCAUGUUCGCGAUAUCGAUUUUUGGGAACAGAAUGUACUACCGGCUAUGUCCAAAAAUAGUGAUACAAAUAGGAAAUUGAAUAUUUUGAUUAUUGGCAAAAGUUUUAGUGCAAUGGAUGUUUUAAAAAGGGUUAAAGAAUUUUCCCUUGAGGAAAAGAGAGAUGUGAAUGUUUACUUGUCCUAUAAUAAAGCACCAGAGUUGGACGACACUGGGCAGAACCCGUUCUAUUGGUUUGAUGAAUGGUUAUUGACUGCACAAAAAGAGGGUAAAAUUCACUUGAAACCUAAAAUUGAAAAAUUCGUUUGUACUGAACAAGAAAAUGGCGUGAAAUUCAUAGGUGAUGAUGAUCUUUAUAGUGAUUGGGAUAGCAUUGUUUUUGCUACUGGCUAUUUACGUAGCUUCCCGUUCUUAGCGCCAAUAAUUAGACAAAAUUACAAGAUCUUCAUGUCUCCGGAUCCCAGAACAAAACAUACAUCAAACAUUUCAAGGGUAACUGGAUUGUAUUUGCAUACUUUUUCAAUUGCAGAUCCGACACUAGCGUUUGUUGGUAUUUCAAGUAAUGCAAAUUUUCAAUCUUUCCAGUUGUCAGCCAAGACUAUUAGCGAUGUUUGGCAUAAGUUUAACAAAUUGUUUAACAAUCCCGAAAUUACUAAAGAUCCACCAUACUAUGAUAAUAUUUGGUAUAACAUAUUGCCGUCAAUUAAUGAUCAAUUAGAAUGGUCGAGAAAAGUGUUAGCUUUAAAGGGUAAUUCAGGUGCCUUUCAUUUUAUGUAUCCAUUCGAUGUUUUACAAGAAUAUUGGCUUAAUGAUUGUGAAAAAUUGUUUGAAUCAGAUUUUGAGCAACCUCUCUUCCCAGAAAAUACUCAGACCUUGUAUAAAUAUAGUGUGGGAAGAUUAAAAGAAAUAUUUUUACAAACAAUGAAUAGGUAG